UAGAACUCUUCAAUCGCUAUUACAGAUGCCCGGAUUGUGAACUUCAGCCGAGCUGGCGAAGUGUUCAUUUCGACAUUUGAUUUGAUAGAUUAAAGACUUGCUAUAAAGAGACAGUAAAAGAAAAAGAGAAUGGCGGAGUCGACAGUGGACCAAGAGGUGCGGGCUGCACCUGUCCAGGCAACAGCCGAACUGUCGGACUUUGCUGAAUAUAUUUUGAGGAUCGUUCCAGCCCUGAUGGAGGACAAGGAUUCGUCCCCCCCUCAGCUGAAGAUUACUAUAUUUGAAAAAGGACCAUCUGAAAUUAUCAAAAAGUUCCUUGGAGACCCGCAAAUUCCUGUUCUACUGAUCCAAAGGGCGUCCACUAAAGAUGAUUCUGAAGAGGUUGGAGAGGGAGAUGGGGAAGUACCAGCAGUAUACACAUUUUCAGUGGAUGUUCACUACUCCAGUUCCAAGGUGUCAAGUCUGGUGCUCAUCAAGAGAGGACAGAUAGUAGAAGCAGAGAAAAGUUUCCCGUCACAGAUCAGAGUUAUGAACUUUAGUGAGGGAUCUCCGUAUGAAACACUCCAUGCCUACGUCAGUAAUGCAGUGUCUCCCUACUUCAAAUCCUACAUUAAGGAAACGGGAAAAGCAGAGAGAGAUGGAGAUAAAAUGGCACCAACUGUAGAAAAGAAGAUAUCUGAACUGGAGAUGGGCUUGCUUCACCUUCAGCAGAAUAUUGAUAUCCCAGAAAUCAACUUGCCCAUUCAUCAAGUGGUGUCUACAGUGAUCAAGAAAUGUGCUGAAGAGGGCAGGAAACCAAAAGUAGAGGACUUUGGUGACAAAGUGGAAGAUGCACAACUUUUGAAUGCAUUACAGAGUGGUGUUAAUAGAUGGAUCAGGGAAAUUCAAAAGGUAACCAAAUUGGACAGGGAUCCUGCUUCAGGCACAGCCCUACAAGAGAUCAGUUUCUGGUUGAAUUUGGAGAGAGCAUUGCUGAGAAUCCAGGAGAAGAGAGAAAGCCCAGAGAUUGUUCUCACGUUGGAGAUUCUUAAACAUGGCAAACGAUUCCAUGCCACUGUCAGUUUUGACACUGAUACAGGUUUAAAACAAGCCAUGGCAACCGUGAAUGACUACAACCAGCUGAUGAAGGACUUCCCUCUCAAUGACCUUCUGUCUGCAACAGAACUGGACAGAAUUCGCGUGGCACUGUCUGCCAUCUUUAUACAUCUACGAAAAAUUCGACCAACAAAAUACCCCAUCCAGAGGUGUCUGAGACUUGUGGAGGCUAUCUCAAGAGAUCUUAGCUCUCAGUUACUCAAGGUGCUUGGAACUCGUCGUUUGAUGCAUAUUCCGUAUGAGGAGUUUGAGAAAGUGAUGACAGCUUGCUUUGAGGUAUUUGGAACUUGGGAUGAUGAGUAUGAAAAACUCCAGGGUCUGCUGAGAGAUCUGGUGAAGAAGAAGAGAGAAGAGCAUCUUCGUAUGGUGUGGAGAGUUAACCCCGCCCACAAACGCUUCCAGGCUCGACUAGACCAAAUGAAGAAAUUCCGUCGUCAGCACGAGCAGUUGAGACAGGUGAUCGUACGUGUACUGCGACCCACCACCACAACAAAACCCACACAAGCCGGAACUCCAGGUCAGGAGGAGGCAGAUGCCAAGGUCAUCAAACCUCUCGUGGAUGAAGUGGCUGAUGCCAAUGCCAUUGAGGAGGUAAACUUAGCCUACGAGAAUGUGAAGGUGGUUGAUGGCUUGGAUGUGUCCAAGGAAGGUUCUGAUGCCUGGGAAGCGGCCAUUAAAAGGUAUGAUGAGAGAAUUGAUCGAGUGGAAACCAGAAUCACUGCCAAGUUGAGGGACCAGCUCGGAACAGCUAAAAAUGCCAAUGAAAUGUUCCGUAUCUUCUCCCGCUUCAAUGCACUCUUUGUCAGACCUCACAUCCGUGGAGCUAUCAGGGAGUAUCAAACCCAGCUCAUCCAGAGAGUCAAAGAUGAUAUUGAAGCCCUCCACGAGAAAUUCAAGGUUCAGUACAUCCACAGCACAGCCUAUAAGAUGAGUAAAGUCAGGGACCUUCCUCAUGUAUCGGGAAGAAUUGUGUGGUCAAGACAGAUUGAGCACCAGUUGAAUGCUUUGCUGAGCCAUGUUGAAGUAGUCCUUGGAAAAGGAUGGGAAAAUCACGUUGAAGGACAACAACUUAAGAAUGAUGGUGAGAGCUUCAGACUGAAACUGAACACACAGGAGCUGUUUGAAGACUGGCAAAGAAGGGUUCAAGGAAGACAACUGGUUGUCACUGGAAGGAUUUUCAGUGUCCAAAGCUUCAAAUCUAAGAUUAUGGGAAAAGGAAAUGUCCUUAAACUGUGUGUUAAUUUCCAACCAGAAGUCAUAGCUCUGUCAAAAGAGGUAAGAAAUCUCCGAUGGCUGGGAUUUCGAGUUCCUCUGGCUAUUGUAAACAAAGCCCACCAGGCCAACCAGCUGUAUCCAUUUGCCAUCUCUCUAAUCGAAAGUGUGAAAACCUACCAGAGAACCUUAGAAAAGAUUGAAGCCCAAAUCACCAUUGUGUUGCUGGUCGCUGGAUUGAGAAAAGAAGUUCAGAAUCUCAUUGCUGAGGGAGUUGGCCUUGUCUGGGAAUCUUACAAGUUAGAACCCUAUGUACUGAGACUGGCCGAUACUGAGAACAACUUCCAAGAAAAGGUGGAUGAUUUAGUGGCUGUUGAAGAGGAGAUUGAGUUAGAGGUGAAGGCUUUGGAGACUUGUGCCUACAGUAAUGCUGUUUUCACAGAGAUCCUAGGAAAGAUCCAGAAGGCUGUGGACAACCUUAGUCUGCAUUCCUACUCCAACCUACCGCAGUGGGUCGCCAAGCUUGACCAGAGGGUUGAGGCAGCACUGGCUGGACGUCUAGAAGCUGGUUUGAAGGCGUGGACACAGGUUUUACUAGGAAAGGAUCAGUCAGCUGCGGACAACACAAUGGACACGGACGAACCCCAGAAACAAGCUCACAAGCCAGGAGGAGACCCACACAUUAAGCCCAUGGUGCACGAGUUGAGAAUCACCAAUCAGUUGAUCUAUGUCAACCCGCCGGUGGAGGAAUCCAGAGUCAACAUCAUGCAGGAGCUGUUUGGUUGGGAGGCUGUCAUUACAAGCCUGCCUCGAAUCAGACACUCCAGAUACCAGGUUGGAUUGGAUGUGGAGUCGGAGUCAGAGAGCACUUACAGGAACGUGUUGACAAAACUCCCUGGUGGACAGAUUGUCUUGGAGGACGCCUACUCGGCCAUACAGUCUGUGAUGAAAGAGUUUGAUAACUAUGUCAAGGUGUGGCUGAGGUACCAGUCCCUUUGGGAUUUGAACCCUGAUGUACUGUACAGUCGAUUGGGAAUCAAGAUCAAGUUGUGGAUGAAUACUUUAGAAGAAAUUAAGUCUUCAAGGAAAACUUUUGACACAUCAGAGACUCAGAAAGAAAUAGGACCCAUUAUUGUUCAGUUCGGAAAGGUGCAAUCUAAAGUGAGUUUGAAGUAUGAUUCCUGGCACAAAGAGGUCUUGAGCAAAUUUGGAAGUCUCCUUGGAAAUGAAAUGGUUGAUUUUCACUCUGCUAUUUCUAAGUCUCGUUCUGAGUUGGAGAUGCAGUCUAUUGACACAGCUAACACAUCCGAGGCAGUGGGCUUAAUCACUCAAGUCCAGGCCCUGAAACGUAGAAUGAAAAACUGGGAAAAACAAGUCAACAUGUACAAAGAGGGACAGAGGAUCUUGGAGCGUCAGCGGUUCCAGUUCCCCACGAGCUGGUUGUACAGUGACAACAUUGAGGGGGAGUGGGGGGCCUUUAAUGACAUUAUGAAGAGGAAAGACUCCUCCAUCCAAACCCAAGUGGCCAGUCUGCAGAUGAAGAUUGUGUCAGAAGACAAAGUAGUGGAGAGCAAGACCUCGGACCUUCUCUCUGACUGGGACAAAGACAAACCUGUCGCUGGUGAGCUCAAACCAGAUGAGGCUAUGAAGGCCUUGACGAUAUUUGAGGGAAAAUUCAGUCGACUGAAGGAGGAGAGAGAAAAUGUGGCUAAAGCCAAGGAGGCUCUGGAACUCUCAGAACCAGGUCAGCUUAGUUCCAGCGAGGAGAGAGUGCAGGUGGCCCAUGAAGAGUUACAGGACCUGAAGGGAGUUUGGGCAGAGCUCUCCAAAAUCUGGGAACAGAUUGAUGAACUCAAAGAGAAACCAUGGCUGUCUGUACAGCCCAGAAAGAUAAGACAGUCUUUGGAUGGAUUACUGAACCAACUGAAGGAGCUGCCAUCUAGACUUAGAACAUAUGCUUCGUAUGACUUUGUAAAAAGAACCUUGCAAGGAUUUGCUAAGGUGAAUGUUCUGAUUGUUGAGAUGAAGUCAGAAGCUCUGAAGGAGAGACACUGGAGGCAACUGACCAAAAAACUGAAUGUACGCUGGGUGUUGUCUGACCUCACUCUGGGGCACGUGUGGGAUGUUGACCUUGUUAGACACGAGCCAAUUGUCAGAGACAUCAUUCUUAUUGCACAAGGAGAAAUGGCUCUUGAAGAAUUCUUGAAACAGGUCAGUGAGGUGUGGAGGAGCUAUGAGCUGGAGCUUGUGAACUAUCAGAACAAGUGCCGACUGAUCAGGGGCUGGGAUGACCUCUUCACCAAAGUGAAAGAACACAUUAACAGCGUUACUGCAAUGAAGUUGUCCCCGUACUACAAGCAAUUUGAGGAGGAUGCAUUGGCGUGGGAAGACAAAUUGAACCGAAUCAAUGCCUUGUUUGAUGUUUGGAUCGAUGUACAGAGAAGAUGGGUGUACCUGGAAGGCAUAUUUACUGGCAGUGCUGACAUCAAAGCUCUGCUUCCUGUGGAAACUUCACGCUUCCAGGGAGUGAGCACGGAGUUUCUGGCUCUGAUGAAGAAGGUUACUCGUUCUCCCCUGGUGAUGGACGUUGUGAACAUUGCAAAUGUCCAGAAACAGUUGGAACGUCUGUCCGAUCUCCUGGGAAAAAUUCAGAAAGCUCUUGGAGAGUAUUUGGAGAGAGAAAGAGCCUCAUUCCCAAGAUUCUAUUUUGUUGGAGAUGAAGAUUUGUUGGAGAUCAUUGGCAACAGUAAAAAUGUUGGUCGACUUCAGAAACACUUCAAGAAAAUGUUUGCCGGUGUAGCCACCAUCACCCUGAAUGAAGACAACUCACAAGUCACUGGGUUAUUAUCAAAAGAAGGAGAAGAGGUUGUGUUCUAUACUCCUGUUUCUAUCGCUGCCAACCCUAAGAUCAAUGAGUGGUUGACCCUGACAGAGAAAGAAAUGAGAGUGACACUGGCCAAGCUUUUAAGAGAUGCUGUCAAGGACAUUGCUAUGUUUAAGUCUGGCCAGAUUGAUGCUAAUCAGUAUCUUCAGUGGGUGGACAAGUAUCAGGCCCAGCUAGUGGUUCUGGCCUCUCAGGUGUCGUGGUCUGAGAGUGUGGAGACUGCCCUAGCAAGUAUUGCCUCCUCCAAGAAUCCAAUGGAUCUGUCCGCCCUGAGUGAUGUUCUUCAGUUGGUGGACAACACACUGAAUGUACUGGCCGACUCCGUUCUGCUGGACCAGCCACCGGUCAGGAGGAAGAAAAUGGAACAUCUGAUUACUGAGUUGGUACACCAGAGAGAUGUGACCAGAAUGUUAGUGAAACACAAAGUGAACAAUCCCAAGUGUUUUGACUGGUUGUGUCAGAUGAGGUUCUACUUCGACCCCAAAAAUUCAGAUGUGUUGCAACAACUGUCCAUUCAAAUGGCUAAUGCUAAAUUUAACUAUGGUUUUGAGUACCUGGGUGUGCAGGAUAAGUUGGUCCAGACGCCACUGACCGACAGGUGUUAUCUGACAAUGACCCAGGCUCUGGAGGCAAGACUCGGAGGAUCGCCAUUUGGCCCUGCUGGUACUGGAAAAACCGAGUCCGUGAAAGCUCUAGGAAAUCAACUUGGUAGAUUUGUGUUGGUCUUCAACUGUGACGAGAACUUUGACUUCCAGGCUAUGGGUCGUAUCUUUGUGGGACUGUGUCAGGUUGGAGCUUGGGGAUGUUUUGAUGAAUUCAAUAGAUUGGAGGAGCGAAUGCUGUCUGCUGUCUCCCAGCAAAUUCAGACCAUUCAGGAAGCUCUAAAAGAUAUGUCUGAAAAGAAAGAAAAGACUUCAACAGUAGUAGAACUAAUUGGAAAGCAGGUCAAGGUGAACUCGGACAUGGCGGUAUUCAUCACCAUGAAUCCCGGAUACGCAGGAAGAUCUAACCUUCCCGACAACUUGAAGAAACUGUUCCGAAGUUUGGCCAUGACAAAACCAGACAGACAGCUCAUUGCUGAAGUCAUGUUGUACUCUCAGGGUUUCAGGAUGGCAGAAAAACUAGCAAUGAAAAUAGUUCCUUUCUUCAAACUGUGUGAUGAGCAGUUGUCUCCACAAUCUCACUAUGACUUUGGUUUACGAGCCUUGAAGAGUGUUUUGGUCAGUGCGGGGAAUCUGAAGAGGGACAAGAUCCAGAGAGUCCGAGAGGGAAUGCUGGAGCGGGGAGAAAAUGUGGAUGAAAGAUCUAUUGCUGAAAAUCUACCUGAGCAGGAGAUUUUGAUUCAGAGUGUUAUGGAAACUGUUGUGCCCAAGCUGGUAGCUGAAGAUAUCCCACUCCUAUACAGCUUACUGUCCGAUGUGUUCCCAGGUGUCCAAUAUCAGCCAGCUGAAAUGACUGCCCUUCGACGGGAAAUCAAGAAAGUGUGUCAAGAAAAAUACCUCACCUAUGGGGAAGAUGAUGAACAAGGGUCUCAGUGGGUUUCUAAGGUGCUGCAGCUUAAUCAGAUCACAAACCUCCAUCAUGGUCUGAUGAUGGUGGGACCAAGCGGCAGUGGAAAGUCAAAGGCAUGGCAAGUGUUACUGAAAGCCCUGGAGAGAUUGGAGGGAACAGAGGGUGUGGCGCAUGUGAUUGACCCCAAGUCUAUUUCCAAAGAAGCGCUCUAUGGUACCCUGGAUCCCAACACUAGAGAAUGGACAGAUGGUCUGUUCACACAUAUAUUGAGAAAGAUUAUUGAUAACGUGAGGGGAGAGCUACUAAAGAGACAGUGGAUUAUAUUUGAUGGUGAUGUGGAUCCGGAGUGGGUAGAAAAUUUAAACUCUGUGUUGGAUGAGAACAAACUUCUGACUCUGCCCAAUGGAGAACGCCUGGGUAUUCCACCAAAUGUCAGAAUCAUGUUUGAGGUACAAGACUUGAAAUUUGCCACCCUGGCCACUGUCAGUAGGUGUGGUAUGGUUUGGUUCAGUGAGGAUGUCCUUUCUCCGGAGAUGAUAUAUGAAAACUACCUCCAGACACUGAAGAAUGUGUCACUGGAAGAGGGAGAGGAAGAGAUACCAGUCACUGUGGCAGGAGAGACGGAGGAAACUCUGUCCAAAACCAUUCAGGUACAGAGAGACUGUGUAACCGUUUUGGCUCCAAAUUUUACAUCUGAUGGACUAGUAAACCGCGCAUUGGAGUAUGCGAUCAGUUUGGAUCAUAUUAUGGACUUUACUCGUUUAAGAGCUCUGAGUUCUCUUUUCUCAAUGAUCAACCAGGGAAUCAGAAACAUUUUAUCCUACAACAACACUCAUGUAGACUUUCCAAUGCAGCAAGACCAAGUGGAGAAAUACAUCACAAAGUACCUGAUUUAUUCCAUUCUCUGGUCCAUGGCGGGAGAUGGACGUCUGAAGAGUCGACAGGAACUGGGAGAUUUCAUCCGUGGAAUCACAGACAUUUCACUUCCUCCCACCACCAACCAACUCAUCAUUGACUUUGAGGUGUCCAUUUCUGGAGAAUGGAUUCCAUGGCAGUCCAAGGUCCCAGUGGUGGAGGUGGAGACACACAAGGUGGCGGCCCCAGACGUGGUGAUCCCCACCAUCGACACCGUCAGACACGAGGCCCUGCUGUACACCUGGCUGGCAGAACAUAAACCCCUUGUCCUGUGUGGCCCUCCAGGCUCAGGAAAGACUAUGACCUUGUUCAGUGCACUCAGAUCUUUGCCUGACAUGGAGGUGGUUGGCCUGAACUUCUCUAGUGCUACCACUCCAGAACUGCUGCUGAAAACAUUUGACCAAUACUGCGAGUACAGACGUACUCCUAAUGGAGUUGUCUUGUCUCCCAUACAAAUGAACAAGUGGCUGGUUCUCUUCUGUGAUGAAAUCAAUCUGCCAAACAUGGACAAAUACAAUACCCAGCGUGUGAUUUCCUUCUUAAGACAGAUGUUAGAACAUGGAGGAUUUUACCGUACUUCGGAUCAUACCUGGGUUAAGUUUGAACGGAUGCAGUUUGUGGGAGCCUGUAACCCUCCUACUGACCCAGGCAGAAAGCCGCUGUCUCACAGGUUUUUGAGACAUGUCCCAGUGGUGUAUGUAGAUUACCCAGGAAAGAUUUCCUUGACACAGAUUUACGGAACAUUCAACAGAGCGAUGCUUAGACUGGUGCCAAGCCUGAAGCCUUAUGCUGAACCUCUGACAAACGCCAUGGUGGAGUUCUAUCUAAUGUCACAGGAGCGCUUCACACAGGACAUGCAGCCUCACUAUGUUUACAGUCCGCGUGAGAUGACCAGGUGGGUCCGGGGUAUUUGUGAGGCCCUCAGACCUCUGGACAGCUUAGAAGUAGAUGGUCUUGUCAGAAUUUGGGCACACGAAGCUCUGAGGCUGUUCCAAGACAGGUUGAUUGAAGAUGAGGAGAGACAAUGGACUGAUGAGAAUGUGAAUGCUGUUGCUCUGAAGAACUUCCCUAACAUCAACCAAGAGACAGCCCUUAGAAGACCCAUCUUGUUCAGUAACUGGUUGUCCAAGGAUUAUAUACCAGUGGAUAGGGAGAAACUGAGGGAAUAUGUGAAAGCCAGGUUGAAGGUCUUCUAUGAAGAGGAAUUGGAUGUCCCAUUGGUGUUGUUUGACGAGGUUCUCGACCAUGUGCUGAGAAUUGACAGAAUUUUCCGGCAACCACAGGGUCAUGUUCUGUUGAUAGGAGUUAGCGGAUCAGGAAAGACAACUCUGUCCAGAUUUGUGGCCUGGAUGAAUGGACUAAGUGUUUAUCAAAUCAAAGUGCAUAACAAAUACUCUGCAGCAGACUUUGAUGAGGAUUUAAGAAAUGUUCUGAGGAGAUCUGGAUGCAAGGACGAGAAGAUUGCCUUCAUCAUGGAUGAAUCCAACGUGUUGGACUCGGGAUUUCUAGAGAGAAUGAACACAUUGCUGGCCAAUGGAGAGGUCCCUGGUUUGUUUGAGGGAGAUGAAUACACCACACUGAUGACUCAGUGCAAGGAAGGUGCCCAAAGAGAGGGACUUAUGUUAGACUCGGGAGAGGAACUCUAUAAGUGGUUCACGGGACAGGUGACCAAGAAUUUACAUGUAGUGUUUACCAUGAACCCCUCGUCUGAAGGACUUAAAGAUCGAGCGUCCACCUCUCCUGCUUUGUUCAACAGGUGUGUCCUGAACUGGUUUGGCGACUGGUCCAAUGGAGCCCUGUACCAGGUUGGACGGGAAUUCACAAACAAAGUCGACCUGGAGAAGGGGAACUACUUGGCGCCCGAGAACAUCCCGGCCAUGCACAACCUGCCUGUCAUCCCGUCCCACCGCGAGGUGGUCAUCAACGCUUUUGUGUUUGUUCACUUGUCGCUUCAUCAGGCUAAUGCCCGUGUGCUGAAGAGAGGGGGAAGAAUCACAGCCGUGACUCCCAGGCACUACCUAGACUUCAUCAAUCACUUUGCCAAGUUGCACAAUGAGAAGAGAUCAGACCUGGAGGAACAACAGCUUCACCUGAAUAUUGGUUUACAAAAGAUCAAAGAGACCGUGGAUCAGGUGGGAGAUCUACAGAAGUCUCUGUCAGUCAAGCGAUUGGAAUUGGAGGAAAAGAAUGCCGCUGCCAAUGCCAAGCUCAAACAAAUGGUGAAAGACCAACAAGAGGCUGAAGCAAAGAAGGUGAUGUCCCAAGAUAUUCAGACAGCUUUGAUGGAACAGACCAAGGUGAUUGAUGAGAAACAGCACGACGUCAAGGCUGAUCUGGCACAGGUAGAACCUGCUGUCAUUGAGGCGCAACAAGCUGUUAAGUCCAUCAAGAAGCAACACUUAGUUGAGGUCAAGUCUUUGCCUAAACCUCCACCUGUUGUGAAAUUUGCCAUUGAAUCGAUAUGUACACUGCUUGGAGAGACCGACUUAGAGUGGAAGUCACUCCGCAGUAUCAUUAUGAGGGAGAAUUUUAUCUCUACUAUUGUCCAUUUCACCACUGAUGACAUCUCGGAUGAAAUCCGAUCUAAGAUGAAGAGCAAGUACCUGUCCAACCCAGACUACAGCUACGAAAAAGUUAACAGAGCCAGCUUGGCCUGUGGUCCUAUGGUUAAAUGGGCCAUUGCUCAGAUUAAUUAUGCUGAUAUGCUGAAGAAGAUUGAUCCUCUGAGGAAUGAAUUAAAGGACUUAGAGACACAAGCCAAUGAGAACCAACAGAAAGCUGAAGAAGUGAACAAAACAAUAGCAGGACUGGAGAAGAGUAUCGCUAAAUACAAGGAAGAGUAUGCUGUGUUGAUUAGUCAGGCACAGGCCAUCAAAACAGACCUGUCCAAUGUAGAGGCCAAGGUGGAGAGAAGUAUUGCCUUGUUGAAGAGUCUUGAUGAUGAGAAACUAAGAUGGGAGUCCAGCAGUGAAACGUUUAAGAGUCAGAUGUCGACCAUUGUUGGAGAUGUGCUCCUGUCGUCUGCCUUUAUGGCCUAUGCUGGUUACUUUGACCAGCAAAUGAGAAGGAACUUGUUUACAUCUUGGACAUCACAUCUACAGACAGCUAAUGUACAGUUCAGGAGUGACCUGGCCAGAGUGGAGUACCUGUCUAAUGCUGAUGAGAGGGUGAGGUGGCAGGCCAAUACUCUGCCUGCUGAUGACCUGUGUACCGAGAAUGCAAUCAUGUUGAAGAGGUUCAACAGGUAUCCCCUGAUCAUCGACCCCUCAGGUCAGGCUACAGAGUUCCUCAUGAAUGAAUACAAAGAAAAAAGCAUCAAAAAGACCAGCUUCCUGGAUGAUGCAUUUAGAAAAAAUUUGGAAAGUGCUGUCAGAUUUGGAAAUCCUCUGCUUGUUCAGGAUGUUGAGAGCUAUGACCCCAUUCUGAACCCUGUGUUGAACCGUGAGUUAAGGAAGACUGGGGGUCGUAUACUGAUUACCCUGGGAGAUCAGGAGAUCGAUUUCUUCCCCAAGUUCACCAUAUUCUUGUCUACCAGAAAUCCAAAUGCUGAUUUCCCUCCAGACUUGUGCUCUAGAGUGACCUUUGUGAACUUUACAGUAACCAGGGGAAGUUUACAAGACCAGUGUCUGAACCAGGUACUGAAGGCUGAGAGACCAGAUGUUGAUGCCAAGAGGUCAGACCUUCUGAAAUUACAAGGUGAGUUCCAGCUGAAGCUUCGCCACCUGGAGAAGUCCUUACUCCAGGCCCUGAAUGCCUCCAAAGGAAAGAUCCUGGAUGAUGAUAGCAUCAUAAGUCAUUUGGAGACCCUGAAAAAAGAAGCUUCUGAGGUAGCUCGAAAAGUGGAAGAGACGGACGUCAUCAUGGCGGAGGUGGAGACCACUUCCCAGCAGUACGUCCCACUGGCCACUUCCUGUAGCAGCAUCUAUUUCUCCAUGGAGGCCCUGCAACAAGUACACUUCUUGUACCAAUACUCGCUGCAACUGUUCUUGGAGAUUUUCCACUCCGUGCUGCAGAGCCAGAGACUGGGUGGCAUUAAGGAGUACGCAGCUCGUCUGUCCAUCAUCACCAAUGAAUUGUUCCAGGAAACAUACAAUAGAGUGGGAAGAGGAAUGCUGUAUGAGGAUAGAAUCACAUUUGCCAUUCAACUCAGCAGAAUCUUCUUGAAGGGAAUGCAGAGUGAGUCCACAUAUGAGGACGAGUUCAUCAUGUUCACGAGAAGUCAGGAAGCACUGCUGGGCAUUGGAGAAAAAUCUGCCCCACAGAUUCAAGGGUUAUCUCAACAGCAGCAGUCGGCCAUGAUGAGGCUUACCAAGCACCGAGCGUUCAGAGACCUUGUACAGCAGGUCAAGGGAAAUCAGGAAUUUCAGUCCUGGCUAGAUAGUGCUAUGCCAGAGGUGGAUGUCAUGCAAGUGUGGAAUGAAGAUAAACCAUUCAGUCCUGUAGGGAAGGCUGUCCAUGGAUUACUAUCCAUCCAGGCCUUCAGGCCCGACAGAACAACAUCCAUGGCUCGUGUGUUUGUGGAGAAAGUGUUGGGAACGGCUUUCUUACACAAUGCAGAAAAGGAACUACAGUUAUCGUCUAUCAUUGAAAAUGAGAUAAAAGCCAAUACCCCCAUUCUUAUGUGCUCAGUGCCAGGAUAUGAUGCUAGCGGUUGGGUCGAUGACUUGGCUACAGAACUUGGAAAACAACUUACAUCAAUUGCAAUUGGUUCGGCUGAGGGAUUUACACAGGCAGACAAAGUGAUCAACGCCUCCAGUAAGUCUGGUCGUUGGGUUCUUUUGAAGAAUGUCCAUCUUGCUCCCAACUGGCUGGUGUCCCUGGAGAAAAAGCUUCACAGUUUGACCCCACACCCCAGCUUCAGGCUCUUUUUGACAAUGGAAAUCAACCCCAAGCUUCCAUCAAACCUGUUGAGAGCUGGGCGUAUCUUUGUGUUUGAGCCACCACCAGGAGUGUCAGCUAAUCUCUCCAGAACCUUCAGCACUGUUCCAGCCUCCCGCAUGUGCAAGACUCCCAAUGAGCGAUCCCGACUAUACUUCCUGUUGGCCUGGCUUCAUGCUAUUGUCCAGGAGAGAAUGAGAUACACACCUCUGGGCUGGGCUAAGAAAUACGAGUUCACCGAAUCGGACCUCAAAGUGGCUUGUGACAUGUUGGAUACCUGGAUAGACUCUGUUGCCAUGGGACGAACUAACCUUCCCCCUGAAAAAGUACCCUGGGAUGCUAUCAAAACACUGUUGGCACAGUGUAUCUAUGGAGGAAAAGUGGACAAUGAGUUUGAUCAGAGACUGCUUACCACCUUCAUCGAGAAGUUAUUCUCACCCAAAAGCUUUGAGGGUGACUUCACUUUGGUUAGCAAUGUGGAUGGACAUGGCAAAAAGAUUCUCAUGCCUGAUGGCGUUCAGAGAGAGCAGUUUGUUCAGUUUGCUGACAUCCUGGAGAACGACAGCCAGACUCCAUCCUGGCUCGGCCUUCCCAACAAUGCAGAAAAAGUACUGAGAACAAAUCUCGGCUCUAGUCUGAUUGCCAAGCUGAUGAAAAUGCAGUUGUUUGAGGAAGAUGAUGAUCUAGCUUAUGGCACCUCUCCAGACGACGAGGAGAAGCGCCUGGCUGACGGUCGCCCCGCCUGGAUGAGGACCCUCCACACCUCCGUGUCGACCUGGAUGUCUCUUGUUCCCAAGAUUUCUAUAUUUAGAGAAGGAAAGGUUGUUGGUGCUUUGAAGAGGACCGCAGACAACAUCAAAGACCCUCUGUUCCGUUUCUUUGAACGAGAAGUGAACCUUGGAGCAAAACUUUUACAGGACAUUCGACAGGAUUUGCAGGAUGUGAUGCUAAUCUGUCAGGGAGACAAGAAACCAACCAACCAUCAUCGCUCAAUGAUGGCGGAUUUGUCUAGAGGUAUAAUUCCCCAGUCCUGGAGAAGGUACACCGUUCCUCAGGGCAUCACCGUGAUUCAGUGGAUCACCGACUUCUCUCUGAGAGUUAAGCAGUUACAGGCCAUUGUUCAGACCACCCAGCAAGGAGGCACCAAGGAACUCAAGAAUUUAAGUGUGUGGUUAGGAGGCUUGUUUAUUCCUGAGGCGUACAUCACAGCGACUAGACAGUACGUGGCUCAGGCCAACAGCUGGUCUCUGGAGGAACUCUAUCUUGAUGUAAAGGUGUUGGAUAAUACUGGAGGAGCAAUGGAUGCCUGCAGCUUUAGUGUAAAAGGUCUUAAGCUGCAGGGAGCUAUCUGUAAGAAAAACAAGCUGCAACUGAGUACCACAAUCUCGACCGAGCUGCCAGUCACUCUCCUGAGAUGGAUCAGAACUGAUGCUAGCACUGCCACAGCAGGAAUGGUAACUCUGCCUGUGUACUUGAAUGCCACUCGCUCCCACCUGUUGUUCACAUUGGACUUUGACACAGAAGGAGAAGGAUCAGGCAAGGACCACAGCUUCUAUGAGAGGGGAGUGGCCAUCAUCUCCUCAGACCUAGGAUAAUCAGUGACUAUACAUGUGGACCUCACAUGUAGAUACACAUGUACUACAUGUUGUUGAACUUUCCACAAAAAGUUACGAACUGAUUGUUUUUGCUCUCUGUAUAACCCUGAUGUAGUCAAUUUGUUUUGCACAUAUUUUUUAAAAGCAUACAUAUAGUAAACAGUUUGCCGACAAUAUGCUUUUAUAAACGACUGGGUUUCCAUAAUCUCAGAACUUAUUAAUGGAUAUUUGUGUAUUGCAGUCAUAAUCUCAGAACUUAUUAAUGGAUAUUUGUGUAUUGCAGUAUUAGUCAUAAUUUUUGUAUGGUGAUGGUUCGGAGUAAAUAAAAUGCUAAAUUGCUUAAAAAUUUCUGGGUAAUGUGAUGAUGCUGUAUUUUAAAUGUUGUAUAGUCAUCUAACGGUCUAGAGAUACUGUAAAUGUGGUUAUUUACGCUGGGGGUAAAGUACGUGUUUCUUCACGUCCAGCGUUACACCUGGGGGAAAAAUACAUGGUAACUGAAUAUGAAAUACAUGUAUAUUUAUAUCAAAAUAUUUGUAACUAUACACAUGGGGGAAAUUUACACGCUUAUUCCCUGACGGCGUAAUUAGUGUAGAUUUCACCCACAUGUAAAUAACCACUCUUACAGUAUUAUAAUGUCCUUUCCUGGUUUUCUUUGGUGUUGCAAUGAUUGCUCUCUUGCUUAGUGAAUAAAAUACCGGAAAAUAG